GCGGGGCGGGCGGCGCUGGUUGUUGGGUACAGUCCUGUCUUCUCUGCAGCCACAGCCAUGUCCACAGGAAUGCAACAACUUUACACAGAGAUGUGCUCUGAACAAAAGCAGCCUGUUAACCCCUUCAUUGCUGAAAUACUUUCUCAAACAGAAGAGCAAGAACUAUAUGCUUCCACCUUAAAGCUCUGUGGAAAUAAUCGUCUGGUGCAAGUGCAGAAAGUCAGUGAUGAGGAUUUCCUUGCUCUCACUCGGGUCUUAAGUAAAAACUGUUUCAUAACAAAUCUUGACCUGCGGUACAACAAUCUCACUGACAAUGGAGCAGCUCACAUCGCUACAUUUCUGCAGAAUAAUUCAUCGCUACUUUGUUUGAAUAUUAUGGGAAAUGAUAUAGGAACAGAUGGUGCAGAGCACAUUACUAAGGCAUUGCAUAGGAAUUCAAGCCUUCUGAGCCUCAGGAUGACUGGUAACAAAAUUGGAAACAAAGGAGGAAUGCUAUUUGCUUCAAUGUUGCAAGUAAACUCAUCCCUUGAAGAACUGGACCUUGGAGACUGUGACUUGGGUAUACAGAGCUUGAUAGCACUGGCCACAGUACUAUUGCAAAAUAAAACACUAAAGUCUGUCAAUCUAAACCGCCCUCUAUUCUAUGUCAUACAGGAAGACACUACAGUUCACCUCUCUGAGAUGUUACGAGUCAACAGUACUCUGCAGGAAUUGCACCUCUCCAAGCAUGAAAUGACUGAUUUUGGUGUGCAACGAUUGUGUGAUGCUUUGCAUGAAAACUAUGCACUAAAACAUCUUGAUCUUAGCUGCAAUAAAAUAACACGGGAUGGUGUCAAGUGUUUGGCAGAAGUUCUGAAAAGAAACAAAACCUUGGAAAUCUUAGACCUUGCUUCAAACCGAAUGGAGGAUGAUGGGGCGAUUUACCUUGCUGAAGCCAUUUAUCUGUACAACAGAAGUCUUAAAGCGUUGUCAGUUGUGAGUAACAGCAUACGUGGAAAAGGACUCAAAGCUUUGGCAGCAGCAAUUAACGCAAAUAAUUGCCUACUGUACAUCUACAUCUGGGGAAAUAAAAUCGAUGAAGAAGCAAGUGUGGCAUUUUCCCAUCUCCUGAAGUCUGGUCGUCUCAGUUCUUCAUCUACAGAUGUUCAACCAUAUGUUGUUGAUGGACGUGCCUGCCUUGCAGAGCUUUUUCAUGGCCUUAAAAAACAUUAUUACUGGACACCGAGCUAUGGAAUGGCUGAUGAUCCUAUCAGCAACUCUCAGUUUGCAAUAAGAGAUGACGAUUCAUUUUUAAGCACUAAAUAAAACAAAUAAUAUGCAAAAUAUAAGAACCUGACUGUGGUAGCUCACUUCUGCUUUGUAUAGUGUUUUCAAAGACUUAAAUACAAGCGACUUUUAUAUCUUUA